AUUAAAUAUUACAAAACGACAGCUGUCAGUGUCAAAACAACAAAUAAUUUGGAAAUUGUGUUUUCUAGCGUAAAUAAAAAUAUUAUGCAAUAAACAUGGCUAAAUUCAGCCUUAAAGAUAGCGACGAAUACUAUUUAGCGCUUUCAGAACAACCGAAGAGAUUCGACGCUGAUAGCCCGGUAACAAAUGUGUUUUUCGAUGAUACCAAUGGGCAGGUUUUUACAGUACGCUCCGGGGGCGUUACAGGCGUCACGGUCAGCGGUAUGGACGAAACCAAAUCAACAUCCUUCAGAAUGGAAGAUAGAGGUCCCAUAAUCUCAAUCAAAUUCUCGCCAGACCAUAAUAUUCUGGCUAUUCAAAGAAACCUAGAUAAUCAGAAUGCUAAUGUGGAAUUCGUGAAUUUCAAAGACUUGGUUCCUACGAAUGUUGAAUAUUCGCAUACUUGCAAGUGGAAGAAUGCCAAAAUACUGGGGUUUGUGUGGCCGAGGGUCAAUGAGAUAGCAUUCAUUACAGACCAUGGGAUUGAGCUGUUGCAAGUUUUUCCAGAGAAGAAACAGUUGAAAAGUCUGAAAAGUACUUCAUUUAGCGGAGCCUGGUUCUCAUGGUGCGCCCAGAGCAACAUAGUGCUCUUGGCAGGAAACAAUGGAGCCCUGCUGCAGCCUUUUGCUUUGACCAAUUCCACCAUCAGCAAGCUGCAGAAAUUGGAAUUGGACAAGCCCGUAGUGGAACGUGACGUGAUGUUGCUGCGGCUUUGCGGCGCCACCUGGUGCGCCGUGUUCAGGCACGCCAGCAGUGCCUCCGUACUUGCACCUGGUCCCACUGAGUUGUGGCUGCUACCCGUAACUGGCGGCGGACAGACGCGAAUUCUGCGGACAGGACUUGCGGGGCGCUUCGCCGUUAGCGUGCUGGAUAACCUUGUUGCUGUACACCAUCAGUCAAGCCAAACCUCUCAAAUAUUCGACAUAAUGGAAGAAGCCAAGUCGGAGCCCAACUCAACUGUUCACAUCCCAGUGGUGCCGGCGCAUACCAUGCGACCGGCUUAUGUCGACGGACAACUCUGUCCUAUGUAUUCAGGCAACUGGGUGGUGUUUCAACCGGAUUAUAUCAUCGAUGCGCGUCUAGGAUGUCUAUGGCGCGUCAAGCUCAUCCCCACUGGGCUGGCUCAUGCUGUGCCAAAAGAUGAGAUAUCUAAGAUAGUAGCAGUGCUUCUCCGACGUACAGACGGCAAGGAAACCAUCUACAGCAUAUUAGAUCAGCUGGUGUCCAGCCCGGACACUUAUUUAGUUCAACUGUCCAAAGUGUUUGACGAAAUCAAUGCAGUGUACAGGCAAUGGGCAGACCAGGAAGUGGCGCGGAACACCGCAGGGGAGGCCGGGGCUCCCACUGCACACAUACCCGUGCUCAUCACACAAGAACACAUGUGCUCGCUGCUGCAGCCACACAACAACUUGGUGCAGGUGGUGACAGCCUACUUAGCUUCGUUAGCCCGCCACAACAUAACGGUCCAGCACACAUGCGCGGCGCUCUGCGUACGUGCACUGGUAACAGGCGGUGCGGCAUCUCGUCUACGGGCGUUGGCUCGACGCGGCGCCCUCGCCGACGCCAGGCCGCUGGCGUGCCAGCUGCUGGCGCUGGGCGGGAAGCACAGCCACCACGCGCAGCUGGCGUUGGACAUGAUGUGGAGACUGGACGCCGUUCAGGAAAUAGAAGAGGUGCUGCUAAGCUGGAACGAGCCCGUUUCAGCCAUCGGCGCGGCCAAGCAAGCCGGCACCCACGUGUGGCACGCCAUACCCGCCCGGAAACUGCUGCAGGCCGCCAAACAGUGCGCGGAGCAGAACGGCGACCCGGGCGCCUUCGCCGCGGUAUAUAGGGCGCUGCAGGCGAGAAACGACAGGGUAAGAGGGGCGCCGCAUUUUCUGAAAGGCGAGCAGUGCGACGCAUACGUGGAAUACUACAAGCAGAUAAUGUCCGAAUAAAAAAACUGUUUCA